GUGAAUGAUGCGGCUGUGAUUGCUGGAUUGUCCCGGCAGGUGGUCUGUACCACACACAGCUUGGGGUCUCUGGUAAGCUCCCUGCACCGAGGAAGAGGCUGGAAGGCCUGCUCUCUUUGGGAUCCAGUAGAGCCCUGAAUGUCAUGUCUGCUUGAGGUAUCAGCAACAUGGAGUGCUGAAACCCAUGUGGCUCCUAACAGUGAACCAGGUGUUGAGGAAAAUGCAGAGGCGGCACAGUAGCAACACGGACAACAUCCCUCCUGAAAGAGGCCGCAGCCAGCCGCUCAGCCCCGAGGCCAGCGUGGAUGAGGGAGGUGUGUUCGAGGGCCUGAAGGCAGAGCCGGCCUCCCCUCCUGCUCUCUUCUCCGGCCUGGCCGGUGGUGGCCUCCCCGCCGGGCCCUUCCCGGCCGGCCUGGUGCUGGGCUCGGCCACAGGUGGCGGGGACGUGUUCAUCCCGAUGCCCGCGCCCCGAGAGCGGGAGGACGGGGGUGGCCGCGCAGGGGAGGGCGGCCCCUACCACCACCGCCAGCCCCUCCACUUCCACCACGGCCACCGCAGCUCCCUGCUGCAGCGCGUGGGGGACCCCCGCGGACACGGGGAUGAGGGGGCCGACGAGCAGCCGGGCACGCCCGCCCCGGCGCUAUCCGAGCUGAAGGCCAUGGUGUGCUGGCUACAGAAGGGCCUGCCCUUCAUCCUCAUCCUGCUGGCCAAGCUGUGCUUCCAGCAUAAGCUCGGCAUCGCUGUGUGCAUUGGGAUGGCCAGCACCUUCGCCUAUGCCAACUCCACGCUCCGGGAGCAGGUCUCUCUGAAGGAGAAGAGGUCUGUGCUGGUCAUCCUGUGGAUCGUGGCUUUUCUGGCAGGAAACACUCUGUACGUGCUCUACACAUUCAGCUCCCAACAGCUCUACAAUAGCCUCAUCUUCCUGAAGCCCAACCUGGAGACCCUGGACUUCUUCGACCUGCUGUGGAUCGUGGGGAUCGCGGACUUUGUGCUCAAGUACCUCACCAUCGCCCUGAAGUGCCUCGUGGUGGCCCUACCCAAGAUCAUCCUGGCCAUCAAGUCUAGGGGAAAGUUCUAUCUGGUCAUUGAAGAGCUGAGCCAGCUGUUCCGCUCACUUGUCCCCAUCCAGCUGUGGUACAAGUACAUCAUGGGCGAUGACUCCUCCAAUAGCUACUUCCUGGGAGGUGUCCUCAUUGUCCUCUACAGUCUCUGCAAGUCAUUUGAUAUCUGUGGCCGUGUGGGCGGAGUGAGGAAGGCGCUGAGGCUUCUCUGCACCUCCCAGAACUACGGGGUCCGAGCCACCGGGCAGCAGUGCACGGAAGCUGGAGACAUCUGCGCCAUCUGCCAGGCGGAGUUCCGAGAGCCUCUGAUUCUCUUGUGUCAGCACGUGUUCUGUGAAGAGUGCCUGUGCCUGUGGCUGGACCGCGAGCGCUCCUGCCCGCUCUGCCGCUCCGUGGCGGUGGACACGCUUCGCUGCUGGAAAGACGGGGCCACGUCAGCACACUUCCAAGUGUACUAGAGCUGAUGCGUGCGAGCCAUCUAGGCAGACGUCCAGCCCUCACGCCCUGGCCCCAGCCUCACACCACCCGCCCUCCGGGCCCCCGACCUGCUAGCCUUCACCUGCCCCUCUCUGGAUCCGUGGCACAAUGACCCAGCCUUCCUCACCGGACACCCCAGGUAGG